AUGCUUGCGAUACGUAACGAGCAGAUAUGUAGAGACGGAAGGAGUCAGAUGGAUCAGCGCGCGGCGGGAGCGCUGCUAGCGCUGGCCGCGUGCUUCGCGUGCACAGCUGCAGCUCCAACAGCAGGCAAUCAUACAGCUUUAGAUUUAUAUGAAGGGACGUCAGAUGGUUGUUACUACAACUUCCAGCAUUAUGGCGAAGGAGAUAGGAUCAUGACUAACGAGCCUUGCCUCAACUGCACUUGUCACAACAGGAUGCUAAUGUGUUACUUAAGAGUAUGUCCUUUCACAAAGCCUAUAGGACAGGAUUGCACAGUUGAAAAACGUGCUGACCAAUGCUGUCCAAUCGUGACGUGCCCAGACGUGCCAGUUGACUUGCUCACUUCUACGUCGACUUCAUCUCCUGCCGAAUAUGGUGCAACUGGACUCGGUAAACUGGACAAAUACGGUUGCAGUAUCAACGGAAAAUAUUUCCCCGAAGGAUCAAAAGUACCACCGACUCCGAAUAAACCUUGCGAACAUUGUUACUGUAUUCGAAAUAUGACGACUUGCGUUAUGCAAGAAUGUACUCUGCAUGUCGACGGAUGUACACCUAUUUAUCACAAAGAUGUCUGUUGUCCUAUUCGAUACUCUUGUGACCAUCCUGAAGAUGAAGUACCACUUUUAGACGAUAUGUCAACUACCGUACGGCCCACACCAGGCUUUUUACUUACAACCACAACUCUUUCGCCGGUUACGCAAAUGUCACAGGAUUGUGUUCAUAAUGAUCAAAUCAUUGCUGAUGGUGCCUUAAUAACAACUGAAAAAGCUUGUGAACAUUGUUACUGUAUGAAAGGGGAUAUCGUUUGUGUAGUGCAAGAAUGUGGUGCACCGAUGGAAAAUGAAGGCAAAAAUUGUACCUCCUUACCGCCACGGGAAGGUCAGUGCUGUCCAGACACAUACAUUUGUGAAGGAGAUGAUUUUAAUACUGACAUUCCUGAUGAAAGUACAACAGUAUCACUUUUAGAAAAACAGACAACGUUAUCUCCACCCAGAAGAAGUGGUGUAGAAGGUAGUGGAUAUAGAAUUGAACCUAAUGAAUCUGCAUACACAGCAAUACCAUCAACAGAACCUGAAUUAGAAGGUAGUGGUGAGGAACUAGAACCUACUAAACCUACAGAGGAACACGAAGUCUUAACAUCUGUAAAACCAUUAGGCAUUGAAGAAAUCACAGAGGAAAGUGACCAAUAUAUACCAGUUACAACAAAAGCGCCGGCCUAUGAGGAAUUCGAAUCAAGUACAAAGGAAAUAGAUAACGACUACAAACCACAAAUAUAUUCUACACAAGAUACUCUUAACGAAGAUAUUGGCGAUAUAACUAUUGGAGUAACAGAAGACGUGCCACAAAAACAUGUGACCUCAGCUAUUACAUCUGUUCCCGAAAGUUAUGACAAAUAUACUACAGAAUCUAUUGAAUCUCAUAAUACUGUUCCGGAUGCAUCGCCUGAGAAGGAACACGAAAUACUGCCUGAAAAUACACCCAGUGCAACUGACAUACCGACAUCAGAAGAAGUUAAACCAACUAUGCCGCAAAAAAGCGAAGAUGAUAAAGAAAUGGAUGCAACUUUGAAUCCCAUUGCAGAAAUAGAUACUCAUGACGAGAGAACCACCGAUAAGACAGUUGUUAUUCCAGAGCACGUAACUCAAAAAGAAAUCUCAGCACUAGAAAGUGACAUGGGUGGUACAACCAGUGCCUAUGCAACUUCUGAAGAGUUAGAAACCGUCACGAAAGAAGUCGUUAUGAAAGAAAAUGAAACUUCCAAAACAGAAAAACAUAUUCUUAGUACUACAAACACGCCAUUGGCAGAAGGUGAACAACUAACUACGGAACUAAACCUUGCGCAAAACACAGUUGUUUCAGGAGAAGACGAAAGCGAACAUUCACUUCUUAUUCCAGAAAAAACUAGAAAAACUACCGAAUCUGAUAUAGAAGGCACCGAAAAAACACCAAAAGAAAAUGUUCUAGAACCUAAAGAACGACUUACAAUUGUAGCCACACCUUCAACAGAGAGUGAAUCAACUGCUGAACCUGAUAAAGGAUUAAAUACUAUACCAAGCGAUACUGAUGAACAAUCAACUUCUCAACCUUUAUUAACAGACAUAAAUAUAUCUUUAAUUGAAACAAAAACUACUGAAUCGACUGAUAUUAUUGAUAUUGAGAAAUCACCUGUUACUACAUCAGCUUCAAUCUUGCAAUCAGAAGCAAAUAUCACUAAGGCAGACCAACAUACUAUUACUACUGAACCCUCAUUUAGAAAGGAAGAUGAAGUCAUCGUUUCGACUGAAAAAACCAAACAAGAAUUCGGAACAACCACUAUAAAAACAGAGUUUGUAGAUGAAGGAUUUAUUCCUACAUUGACUCACGAUGAAAAAUUAAGCACAGGACAAGAUGUUCCUUCUACAGAUGAAGACAUUACAACCAUUAUGCCAGAAUAUGAAAAAGAGUUAGAACAAAAACUUUCACAAAAACAACCCACUACUGAAUCGAUCCACGAACCAUCAGUUAGUUCAGGCAGUUUACCAGAAAAAGUUACUGAGACUAAUUCUCAACCAGAAGGUACUUCAUUACCUACUAUUGAAAUAACAACACAUGCCACCACUUUAAUGAACGAAGUUAACACUCAUGAAGAGCCAAGUCGUAUUCCUGGAGAAGGAGACUGUCUUUUAAAUGGUGUAACUUACAGAAAUAAUACAGUUGUUCCCAGCACUAAUAAUUGUCAAACAGGAUGUAAGUGUAUUAGCAGUAUUAUCAAAUGUGAUCCCAUAAUUUGCAGCCCUCCACCGGAUUAUAUGAGCAAUUGUCAAUCAAUAUAUGAUACACCUGAUUCGUGUUGUCCUACAUACAUUUGUGAUCAUCCAAGAGAAACCAUUCCACCGCAAUCGGAUAAUCAGAUGUCGGGAACGGAACCCCCUGUUCUAUCACCUACGAUAGAGUGUCGAGGUGACCAGUGUGAAUUAACUGAGACAACAAAACCUACGGGACCGUCUGAACUUUGCACAUCUGACGAUUGUUUAUCUGCAACUAGUGAUAAAAUUGGAAAUGAAUGUGGACCUGAUGGCUGUGGUGACUUUGUAAAAGAGUCCGUCUCUUUGAAGCCAUCUGUUGAACAGCAGGGAUGUACCGAUGGCAAAUGUGAAUCGUCAAAAGAAGACUGUAAUGAUGGUAAAUGUCAAGUAUUACCAACUGGUAGCGAGCAACCUUCGAUUAAACCCUGCAACGGUGAAGAUUGUAAUGUUCAAGAUGAAGAAAUCCUCAAAAUUGAAAUACCUGUUACUCAAACUGCCACAGACGUUAACUGUGGAAGUAGCGGCUGUGAUUCUAACGUGGUUACACCUCCUCAGAAAAAUCAGCAAGAAAUAUGUAACGAAAAAGACGGUUGCAAAUCUGAAGAUAUUACAACAUAUGAGUGUGAUGGGGAUAAACCUUGUAGAAGAAAGGAUUCUUCUAUUACAGAGCAACUGCGACCAUCUAAAUGUGAGGAUGAAGACUGCGUACAACAAACAGACACUACGCUUGAAGAAGAAAUGUCGAAAUUGAGUACCGUAUCGUCAAUAUCAGAUAAAACACAAUCGAAUGCAGUAACAGAAAAAAUUGCUCCUGUAAACGUAGAAAAAAUAUCAGAAUCAACUGAUAGUCCAAUUUUUGAUCAGAAAAUACCAAUAAGCACGACAAUUGCCCAAUCCACAACAGAGCAGACUGAUAAGAUACUAGACGAGGAAAAAGAAAUAUCAACAGUAGAACCAAACUUGAUUGAGAAAGAAGGCACGAAAAAUCCUAAUGAUAUGGAAACCGAUUUACUAAAUUCAAAUGAAGAAGUAACUACAUUGAAACCUAAUAUUAUCCAAAGCGCUGAGGAAAAUCAAGCCACAUCUACACCCGAAUUUGUUAAAGUAGAUCAUACAGAUAAAACAUCACCAGUUAAAGAAGAAAAAACUCAGCAACCCGACGAAAAUGACGAAGAGGAAACAAAUAAAAAAGCAUCUAUUGAUGAGGAAGUUACAAACAUACCAGAUCUUACUGAAGAAUACACCCCCAAAUCCACCGAUGUAUCUAAAGCUGUAACAGAACAAUUCGAUAAAUUCACUGUUUCGGAAGAAUCUAUUACAAAAAUAACGGAUGUUACAAAAGAAUAUUCUGACAGAUCAACACAGAUACCCGAUAUUGUACUAGAAAAUACUACAAAAACACCUGAUAUCAUGAAAGAAUCUAUUGAAGAAUCAGUUUCUACAGAUGAUGUAACAAGAGCUAGCAUAACAGAACCCACCGAUAUACCAUAUGCUUCUGAUGACGCUGAAAAAUUAUCGGGACACAAAGUAACUCCAAUUGAAGACAAAAGUACAAGUACGCCAAGUGUCACUAAGGAAUAUAGCGAUAAUCUAACUGAGAAGCCUUAUGAAGUUACUUUGACUACAGAAUCAAGCACAAAAAUACCUGAAAUAAUUGAAAAACAAACUGCCGAACCAAUAUCUAUAACUGAAAAAGCUACAGGAACACCUGAUCAUGUAAUAGAAAAUACAGACAAACCAUCUUCACCCGAGGAUCAAAACACAGAGAAACCUAAUGCUCCUGAAAAACAGGAUGUCGAUAAAAUAUCUUUAGUUGAAGAGGAAACCUCGAAAAACACUGAGACUCCAGAAGUCAUUAAGGGUCAUACUGACAGAGCAUCUACAACGGAAGAGUAUUACACAAAAGCACCUGAUGGCCCAGAAACACAGAGUUAUGUACCUGUUUUCAUUACAGAAGAAGUUACGGAGACACCAGAUUAUAGAAUAGACCACUCAGAUAAACCAACUUUAGUUGAAAAAGACGACACGAAAUUACCUGAUAGCACUGAAAAUGAACCUGACGACAAAUUAACUCCAGUUAAAGAGGUAAGCACGAAAACACCGCAAAUCAUAGAAGACUUAAGAGAUGAAACCACAAAGGUUCCAGAAACGAUAAAGGACCAAACUGAUGAAACAACAAAUAGUCCUGACGUUGUAGAAGAACAAACUGAUAAAUCAUCUGAGGCUUCAGUAUCAGAUAUAAAGACACCAGAUAUCAAAGAAGAACACACCCUCAUUCCAGUUAUCAUUAACGAAGAAACCACGAAGACACCUCAUGACGCAGAAGUGGAUUUGUAUCAAACGUCUUCACCUGAAGAACAUGACAUAACAAUGCCUCAUGAUCAUGUGGAUAUUACUGUUUUACCUAAGGAUGAAAAAGAAAAACCCAUCCUUGUCGAAGAAGAGCUUCCAGAGAUAUCUACAGAUAUUAGAGAAUCAAUUGAAAAGAAAACAGAAUUUAUUGAGAAAGAAGGUACAACGGAGCCAACAAUCGCAGAAGAAAAUGGCACAGAAAGCAUGGAAGUAAUUGAAGAUAGUACAAAGAAGCCUAUGUUGAUUGACGAAGCAUCUCCUGAUGAUAUUGAAGGAAACACAAAUGAGUUACCAAUUGUGACAGAAGAAUCUAGUACAGACAAAUCUAAAGUGAAAGAAGAUGUAGCGAAAGAUAAGCCAUUGGAUGCUGAAAAGGCCACAGAGGUGCCCAAUAUUGGAAAAGAAGAUCACACAACUGCCUCAUUAGAACCCGAACACACGGAUAGACCAGACGUGUUUGAGAUACAUACAAAUGAACCAGAUUCUAAAUAUACUGAACCACAUGAACCGCAAAUUCCAGGUGAAGACAAAUCUGGUACGAAAUCACCUGAAACAUACGUAACUGAAUCUGAGAAAGAAAUGAAGUUACCUGAAAGUUUAAUAGAAGAACACACUAAAACAACAGGCGAAGAAUCGGAUAAGAUAAUCCCAGCAUCUACUCCAGCUUAUGAAUCCCAAACUGCUGGAAAUGAAGAAAGCAAAAAGCCUCAUUUGGUAACUUUCGACAUGAGUGUAACAGAUAAAAUUUCAAAAUCUCCCGAUGCACAAGGUGAAGAAUCUCCAAUAACAGGGUUCCAGGAAGCUGUAACAAAACAAGAAGAAAUAACACAGCAACCUUUGGAUGAGGGAUAUCAGACAACUUAUCAUCCAUCUAAGCAUGUCACUAGUGAAAACGAAGCGGCUGAAGUGCCUGAAAUUGUAAUGACCACAGAAUCAGUUGAAAAAGCAACAAAAUCUACGGAGCAUGAAAUUAUUCAAGAACAAGAAGAAGACUCCACAGGUGUUCCUAAGCAGGAACCCUUACCCUCAGCCACACAAUCUCCCAGUGACAAGAUUACUGAACUGCAUAAAGCAGAACAGCCUGAUUCCCCAGAUGUAACAGAAACCAAGAACACAAGCCAAGAAGAAGAAACUACCACUAAAGCAUUUGAAGAUGAAAACAUCAAAUCUUCUGUUUCAGAAUCUCACGUGACACUAGGUUAUGAAGAUGCAUAUACUACACAAGAAGUUGAUAAAAUAACAGGAACUGUUGAUACAGAAACUCAAACGGGUGAACUCAAACCACACGAAGGUGAAUUAGAAAGUACAUCUAUCAAAGUUCCUAUUGCUGAUAGUAAGGAUGAUAUAAACAAGAAUCAACCUGAUGUUAAGACACCUGAAAAGGAAGAAAUGAUUACUAGCUCAAUAGAUACUAUAGUCACAACAGCUCCCUUCAAAGGUUUUACGGAAACUAAAGAUACAUGGAACACAAGCGAGGAACACAUCUCAACUAAAUAUAAUGAAGAAACCACAGAGCAUCUUGAACAACCUUCCACAAAACAAAUAGACGAUAGCUCAGAAAUGUUGAUUUCAAGUUCGAAAACAACAAUGGUCCCCGAAGAAUAUCAUACUCAAUCUCAUUUGGGAUACACUGAAACACCUAUUUCAAAACAAACUACACCAUCGGAGAGUUACGAAUUACCUACAACACCUACAUCAUCUGAAAUAUCACAAGAAACUUCUGAUUUCACUAAACCUAUUUCAGAAGAACCUCAUCGACGAACUGAGAUUACAGACCUAGAAAAAACUACACCCGCUACGUCUGAAGCUGGUGAUAGUUCUAUCUACGAAGAAAAAACCACAAAAAUUUCAGACUCAUAUUUCCCGGUACAUUCAGAUUUAUCUACAGUAGAACCACAACUAUAUACUGCUACUGAAUCUGCAGAUUUUGAAGUCACUGAAUACGUUAAACCUGCAUCAGUAGCACCAGAACUAACAAAAACAACUGAAUCAUUAUAUAGCGAGCCAGCAUCAGUGGAUCUUCAAAAGACAACUAUAAUCCCAGAACUAAGUGAUAAACCCAGCGCUGUCACUCUAACUCCAACAGAAGAUCGUGAAGUUCAAAAAUCUUCUACUGAGCUACCAGCUACAUUAAUGGAAAUACACACUGCUUCGCCAGAAACACAAACAACGACAGUAGCGCCGUUAUCUCUUGAAACUGAAACAGAUGUUAGCGUGGCAGGUGAUAAACACGACGGCACAAAAACGGUACCUGCACCGGUGUCCGACACUGAGGCCGAAAAGGAAACUACUGAAAAGGAAGAUGUUACUACUUCAUUGCAUGAAUUUACUCCUACUAAGACAAUGGAAGUCACUGAAUCUCCUGUAAAAGCUACCUCUCAAGUUGAAAUUUCAGAGACAACACCAUAUCUGAUUGAAUUAGAAGAACACACUCACAAAAUUAUCGAUGAUAUUUCUACUGUUUUACCCACAAUUGAUAAAGAACCAACAUAUGAGACCGAAGUAGGCAUUUCUACGCCAUCUUCUAAAGACGAGCAUAUAGAUGUACAAGAACUAAUGACGCAGUCACCGUUUGAAGAGGAACACACUUCUAAGAUAAAGGAAAAUCUUUCAACUGUGUCGACUGUUGAAGACUACACUAAAAAGAUUCCAGAAGAUACUUCAAGUGGAUCAGAGUUGGUUAGUGCGGUCACAACUGAACUGAACGACGUUGAAAAAGUUACUGAAAAGAUACCCGGAGAAAUCUUUGAAACUGCAACAAAACAGUCAGAGAGACCUAGUAGUGAAGAAAGCUCAACCAUUUCUGAAAUAGUUCUCUAUCCGACAACAUUAUCUGAGCCUAAAGAAACUGAUGCAGAAGCGAAACCUUCUGUAGAACAAGAAACUGGAGCACCUGCAAUAGGUGAAGAUGGUGGAGUUCCUCAAAAGGAUAUCACAACUUCUAAGGCUCAAGAAUUCCAAUAUACAACACCUACUAUUGUUAGUGACACGCCACAAAAAUUACCUGUUUCUGAAUCAGAUGAUAAAGUACCGACUGAUGAAGAAUAUUCCCACCCGCAUAUCACAACAGCAGAUGAAUCAGUAUUCCCCACAACUAAAGCAACUACUAUCAAACAAGAAGAAUUAUUGACACCUUCACCUGAAGACAAAUUUAGUACACCAGAACAAAAGCCUACAAGUGAUGCUGUGUCAUCGAGUUCAACAGCUGAGAUACCAAAACCUCCAACUGAAAUGGUACCUACUGAUGAAAUACCGACUCCGGAAGAUGAUGGACUCUCUUCGGGUGUAUCCGGGUAUGGUGAACCAGACUACGGUGAAGAAGAUCAAGCAUUUGGGCCUGGAACAUGCCGCUAUGGAGGCAAAGUUUACGUGUCUGCCCAACAAAUACCAAGGGACGAUCCAUGUGAUUUCUGCUUCUGUUUCAGAAGUGACAUUAUCUGUUUACAACAAAGUUGUCCACCACCCAUUCACGGGUGUCACGAAGAACCAAUUCAAGGUUUCUGCUGUCCUCGAUAUGAAUGUCCUGUUUCAAUGGCCACUACUGUCAACGUUACCACAACUACAACCACAACGACCACAACACUGCCUCCACAUUUCCCGACCCAUGGGUACAAGGGCUCGGCGCAAAGAAGAGGCUGUCAAAUAAAAGGACACAUAUAUAAAGUAGGAGAAGUCGUACGCUCGUCAUCAGGACCAUGUUUACACUGCACAUGUGGAGGAGACGGUCAAAUGAAAUGUGAUCCUAAGGCGUGCACCCCUGAACCAAUGUUGAGGCAAAUGAUUGCAGCUGCCGUGUCAGCCAAGAGACGAAGAUGA